AUGGUUAUAGACAAGAUAAAAGGCAAUGUGAGCCACUUGGGUGGCACAUUGAGUAAUUUAGGCAGCAAUGUUAAGGACUCGAUUGCUCAUCGACACGAUUAUGGUCCUGAUGAAGACCUAAUAUCACAGUAUCACCAUGACAUCAAACAUUUAAUGAAAGCAUUGGAAUAUAUAGGAAAGCUGUUGGCAUCAUUGUCUAGCAAAUAUUGGCCCCAUUUUUUUGAAUCAAACGUUAAAGUAGCCAAACUCUUUGGAAAUUCGAUAGGACAUGAUUCUCUACACUUUAAAGGAAUCGAUGAGUACUAUCAACAGUUUGACAAGUUUCAGGCCGAGCAGGAAUUACCAGUUAUUCAUCCGAAAGAAAAAGAGUUCUUAAUUGAAAGUGUUAAUAUCGAAAUCUUUGGUUAUGUGCAACUAAUGAGAAAUUUAGAAUGGUCAGUUUUAGAGGAAUUAGCAGCAUUCUCUGAUUCCAUCAAUAUUAAGAUUCUGGAUAUGAAUAAACAUUUGAAGCAGGUUUUGAAAGUAAUGAAGACACGAAAAAAAAAGCGGAAAAGACAAGAAAAGUAUCAAAAGCAGGCGGAGCAUAUUGCUAAAAAGAAGGCAUUACUCGACGAAAAAGACAGGGCGAAACUAUUUGCAAUCGAGGAUAAGCUCUCAGAUGCAACAAAGGACUUUUCGGCUAUUGACGAGAAAAUGAAAACAAUUUUACCUCAUGUUAUAUCGUUUUUGGAUGAGUUUGUUGAUAGCAUUACUAGACUCAUUUUGAGCAAACAAUGGUAUAUUUAUAAUAAGGUUUAUAGUACAAUUGCUGAAUACGCCACAUAUCAUGGGAUAGCCAGCGAUUUUGGGGGAAAUUUACCCACAUAUGAAACCAUAGUUCGACAAUGGGAAGAGGCUAUUACUCCUACCAAGACCCAAGCGGAAUCUGAUAUUGCUAUUAUACACGACAAAAAGCCUAAUUUAGUGGAUACGGAGAUUAAUGGAGACAAUAAAAAGUCGAAGGGAGAGCAACUCUGGGGAAAUGUAGCGGAUAAAAUACCAAAGAAAAGCAGAACAUUUAAGGCCAAGGAUCAUGUCAAUGGAGUGUUCGUAGACUAUCUUGAAGCUGAUCCCUUAGAUAGCUUUGUCAAAUAUUAUAGUCCAAAUCAGAAUAGAUCUGAAACUUACAGUUAUCAUAACAAGGUUGAUAUAAAUGACGUUAUUGUUUCAAAAGACACUCAUAUUCUGGCUGCUCCUCCUUUACCCCUGAGACUGAAAGUAUCAGCAGGAAUGACCAGGCAUGCAAUGGUAGCAGCGAUGUAUUCGGCACCAGUGCGUGAUCCAGUAAUAUCCUCCAGCAGUAGCUUGUCUGAAAUUGACUUAUCAAGUGACGAGGAAUUCGAUCAAAACGACGAAGUUAACUCGACCUCUAGCGCAUCUUCUCUGUCGGCUUCUUCCAUUUCGAGUGAUAUACCUGUGCCAAGGACAUACGCCGAAACGACUGAUCUGAGCUUGCGCAAAAUUUACAAUUCUGCCAAAAAUAAUAUAAAAACCAGCCCGAUUACGGUGAACUCCGAUCUGCUAUUGACAAGGGUAAAAGAACUGGAAGUCUUCAACAAAACAUCUUCUAUUGCCUACAAACUUAAGGAAUUCAACAUUUUUUUCGAUCAGCUUUUAAAGAUAUCCGAGAAACGAGAAAAUGAGACACGAAGAGCACUAUAUGAUUUUUCUGGUAUGGAGGCUGGGGAUCUAAGCUUCAAAAAGGGCGAUAAGAUUGAAAUUCUCUUCAAUUUUCAAUCUGUUGAACUUCUGACUGUCGAAGAGCAAAGCAACUGGUCCAUUGGUAAGAUUCUGGCUGGAGAGCACUCAAUGAGAGUUGGAUUUGUUCCUAAUAACUAUUUAGGUGUAUAA